UGAGUGUGUGUGUUUUCUAUGUGCCAGUGUGUGUGUUGAACUGAGCGGAGGUGAAGAAGAGGAGGAUGAAGCUGGGAGCGGAGGAUGGGAGGAAGAGUGGAGUAAGAGACAGGCUAGCUGUGUGUGAAUGAGUGAGUGAGUGAGGAAGAGGAGAGGAAGGUCGUCGGAGGGACCGAAAACAAAGACUUGCAUAUUUUGGGGAUAACCUCCGGAACAUUACUAACUGAAACUUUCAACUUUUUCCCCGCCACAUCUCGGCUUGUUGUGUCCGGAGCCGGCUUUGUUUCACGGCGGGGGUGUCUACGAUAAAUGAAGGAAUAAAAUAGAUCCCCAUCGACCUUUUUCUACCCAAGCGGGGAAUACCCUGGGACAGCUUUUUAUAAAGGUUACGAGAGAAUGGCGGCCAACAUGUACCGAGUGGGAGAUUAUGUGUACUUUGAGAACUCCUCCAGCAAUCCUUACAUGAUCCGUAGAAUAGAAGAGCUUAACAAGACAGCCAAUGGGAACGUGGAGGCGAAGGUGGUGUGUCUGUUUAGGAGGCGAGACAUCUCAGGAAACCUCAACACCCUGGCCGACAGCAAUGCAAGAGAAUUUGAGGAGGAGUCGAAGCAGCCGACGCCCUCCGAACAACAGAAACACCAGCUCAAACACAGAGAACUCUUCCUGUCUCGACAGUUUGAAUCUCUACCUGCUACUCACAUACGGGGGAAAUGUAACGUCACCCUCCUCAACGAAACGGACGUCUUGGCCGGCUACCUUGAGAAAGAGGACUGUUUCUUCUACUCGUUGGUGUUCGACCCCGUCCAGAAGACCUUACUGGCGGACCAGGGCGAGAUCCGCGUGGGCUCUAAGUACCAGGCAGAGAUCCCCGACAAGCUAGCUGAGGGUGAAUCAGACAACCGGAUCCAGGAGAAGCUGGAGACCAAGGUGUGGGACCCCAACAACCAGCUCAAAGACCCUCAGAUUGACCAGUUCCUGGUGGUGGCAAGAGCUGUGGGGACCUUUGCUCGGGCACUGGACUGCAGCAGCUCCAUCCGCCAGCCCAGCCUCCAUAUGAGUGCAGCUGCUGCCUCCAGAGACAUCACACUGUUCCAUGCUAUGGACACGUUGCAGAAGAACAACUAUGACCUGGCCAAAGCCAUGUCCACCCUGGUUCCUCAGGGUGGUCCGGUGCUCUGCCGCGAUGAGAUGGAGGAGUGGAGCGCCUCAGAGGCAAUGCUGUUUGAGGAGGCUCUAGAGAAAUAUGGCAAAGACUUCAACGACAUUCGCCAGGACUUUCUGCCCUGGAAGUCUCUAGCCAGUGUGGUCCAGUUCUACUACAUGUGGAAGACUACAGACCGCUACAUCCAACAGAAACGACUAAAGGCAGCAGAGGCAGACAGCAAGCUGAAGCAGGUGUACAUCCCCACCUACACCAAACCCAACCCCAACCAGAUCAUGGUGCCAGGCAGCAAGCCCGGUAUAAACGGGGCAGCAGGCUUCCAAAAAGGACUCAGUUGUGAGAGCUGCCACAAUCAGCCUGCUGAGAUGCCCUCUCCUAACACUGAAUUUCCCUUCACCCACCCAGCGGCCCAGUCACCUCAGUGGUAUGCCUGGGGCCCUCCCAAUAUGCAGUGCAGACUGUGUGCCUCCUGCUGGAUAUACUGGAAAAAGUAUGGAGGCCUGAAGACGCCCACACAGCUAGAGGGCGCCACUAGAGCUGGCUCUGAAUCAGGCCCCCGCGGUCACAUGACACGCCAGGAGGUCCAGGGCAUGUCGCCGUUCACCCGCAACGAGGGUCGAGCCAAGCUGCUGGCCAAGAACCGCCAGACGUUCAUCCUGCAGACCACCAAGCUGACCCGCAUCGCUCGGAGGGUUUGUGAGGACAUCCUGCAGCCUCGCCGCGCUGCACGGAGGCCCUACGCCUCCAUCAACGCCAACGCCGUCAAGGCUGAGUGCAUUAUCAGGCUGCCCAAAGCCACGAAAACUCCUCUAAAGACCAAGUUGGUGCCUCGACAGUCCCUGGCCAACAUAGUGAAGGAAUUAGCCAUCUCUGCUCCUCUGAAACUGAAGGCGUCUAGAGGACCCCCGACCCCCAUCAACAGGAAUCAAGCCAGCCAGCCCCGUGUGGGCCAAAGCCUGCUGGGAAAGAGAGGCUUCGAGAGCGCUGCAGGGGUGCCCUACCCAGCCAAUGGGAGGCCGUAUACUUCAGGUAUGAGGACCACCUCUCAGUCGGUCAUCAAGCGGCAGAAGGUCAGCCAAGGGGAGGCACCCAACCCUGUAGUGUUUGUGGCUACAAAGGACACCAGGGCUCUGAGGAAACAUCUGACUCAGUCGGAGAUGCGUCGGGCAGCCAGGAAACCUCAUCUCCUGGUCCGGAUCAAACUGCCGCCGCCGCCCCCCCGCUCCCUGGCCAUGCCCCUGCUCCCCUCCAGCACCAGUGAACCCAUCGUCCUGGAGGACUGAAGGGGGAGGGACACGGGGGUCUUUUAACAGGACAUGGGGGGGGGGGGGAGGGCUGUGCUCAGGCUGUCACUUAACAGGCAGCACAGUACGCCACACCAGUAGUCUUUUAUUUUCCCUCUUUUCAGUGUCAUUUUUCUUUAAUCCUCUGUUACUUCCCCAACAUUGUUUAAAACACACACACACACACACACUGACACUCACACAACACAAUGCAUUGGGCUUUGUAGUAUUUUAUUCCAGAUCCUGAUUUAUUUUUGCUCCCCUUUUUAAUGCCGCCUGUUUUUAAAUGUGUAAUUUAAAUCAAGAUAUUUCUCAUCCUGAAGCAAUGGUGAUAAAGCACACUUUGUUUUUCCUCCACGUCUCUAUCUUUGUGUAAAUAUAUGCACCAUGUAAGGGGUAACGCUCAGUGUGUGAGGAGAACGAGAGGUGGAAAUGGGAGACUGUUUGGGACAGCUGUAGCUGGCCGAAGGACUAAUUUAAUUAGAAAAUGUUACUCGUACUCCAUUUCAGCUGGGAAAUCGCUGACUGGCUAUUACUUGUAGCUCACUGACUGUGCUCAUGUUCACUGGUAAGGUGCAGGGAGACAUGUUGACAGAGCUGCACUCAGUCACUGUAAUCUGUGUUUUGACUGAGUCGGUACCUUCACAACUUCUCAGACCAUCAGCUGGGAGCCAGCACAGGCCGGUUACAGGGUUAAUGCAUCCUGACCGGUCGAGUCCUUCCCCAGAGGUUCUUCAUCUGUACCUCGGUGUCAAAAAUACUGAGUGAGCGCAAAACAACUCGAGUACUGUGGAAGCCACUGUUAAGUGUGGAGACAGAAUAAAAGUGUAGACAAAGGGACAGUCGAACGUAGAGUGUAGUCAGUGUUUUACAGGUUGGAUCACUCAUACAAAAUCCGAAGUGCCACCCUGUUAGACAACGCCUUCUUAGUAUGUAUGUAGCAACUAACGAUUAUUGUCUUUAUAAAUGAGUCUGCUGAAGAUCUUUAAAAAAGUAAUGCUUAUCACAAUUCUCCAAUGGCCAAGGGGCCGUCUUCCAAUUGCUCGUUAUGGUCCCAAAGCCUAGAUAUUCUUUUUACUAAGACUUAAAUGCAGAAUCUGUCAUCAUUAUUGAAGUUAAUAUGGAAACGGCCACACAUGUCGUGUUAACCCUAUAUUGUUGCCAACCAGGUGGAAAAAUGCACCAAUAAUAUAUUAUGUGUACAUCCUGAACUGAAUCCUGGUUGAUGACUUACUGAUCUUGACAUCACUGCUUAAAUUUGUUUUGUGCUCACUCAAUAGUUUUUUAUUAAUAUUAACCCUCUAUACCAUCUCCAACUUGGCUAGGCAUCACAGUAGCCAUUUAAUUUAAAAAAAAGUUAAAUCGAGGGUUGUUUUUGCAGUCUAGCCGCAUUUCGUCUUUGUUUCUACUGUCACUCGAUCGCCACGCUUUUAUAUCCACUUUUAGCCGGUCUGAAGAGAGAAGCUCCCUGGCUCCUGUUCUCUUGACCUCACCCUAAUAUGUUUGAACAGGCUGCCUGGAAUCACAGGGGAGGGCAUCGUUGCUCAAAGGAAUCUGUAGGUUUACAGUGUAGGAGAGAUGGUAUGUAGUGUUUGAUAAAAGGAAAAUCUAAUGAUUGUGGUUACCGUGGAUUUGCAGAAGUUACUGUGUGACUUGCCAUGACGAGAGAACACAUUUGGCUGUGAGGUACUACCGUAUGUUUGAGUGCGCAACAGUCCAAAGUGAAGCCAUAAUGUGCAAAACAAAAAAAAAGUUGACCUCAUUGUGAGUGGUCUCUUUAACCCACGGGGUAAUGUUAGAUGGAAGCCACGGCAUUUCUGGUUUGUUUGAAGGAAACUGAUGUGAUUAUGUUACUGAUCAGUUGAUAAAAGUCUGUUUUAAAAAAUAAAACAAAAAAAAACAAAAAAAGCUGCAAUGUGUAAAUGUACAGAAGACAAUUAGGGCCAAAAAUGAAGUUCUGAAAUAAUAAGUUUCAAAAAGAGUCUGAGAUUAAAGUUGUACUUUUUCUCCAAAAAUAUGGAUUCUUUCAGAACUUUGGUUAAUCCAUAUGGCCCUGAUCCUCUUCUGUAAAUGUGUAUGAUGGUACAGAACAGGAUGAUGUUUUUGAUUGUGAUUGGGUAUGAGGAAUCUUCAGCUGUGUCUACGUGCUUUCAUUUCCUUUUUUUUUUUAAUUUUGGUUCCCCCUUUUUGUACCAUUAUCAAAGGCUGAGUCCUAAAAGCAAGUUGUCAAUUGGAUGGUUAUACUUCCUGUGAAUGGCCACAGCAGUGAGGGCUUUACGCAGGUUUUCUAAGCAAGUUUUUGGUCCCAAUGUGGGCUUAAUGUAAUAUUUCUCAAAAGAAAAGAAAUUUGAAGUGUUGAGUUUGUAGCAAAUACUAAUCUGUGUUAAAACAAGUGGAAAACUGGCAAAUUUUAAACUUUUUUUUUUUUUUACAUCUAAAGUGUGUAAUUCUGCUCCAUUAUUGUGGAGAUGGCUCUAAUAGGCUCACUGUACAUGUGGAACAUUGCUCUCCUUCAUAGGGUGGGUGGGUGGGUGGGUGGGGUGGUCAUUUCUAGCAGGGGUGACAUUCAAAAGGGACAGGGUGCUGAUUUUUGUAUGGUGGAGAGACAAACAUGCUACAACUGAAACUUUUUCUCAAGUGUUUUUUUAUUCCGAUGUCUCUGUAUCCUUUAAUGUAUCUUGAUAAGAAAAGAAAUAAAGAUUUUUUUUUUCUU